CUUUCUCUCUCAUUUCCUCUUUCAAUGGCCAGAAAUUGGGCAGCAACCAUGGCAGUGGCAGCCAUAUCUGCCACUGUCCAUGGCCUCCUACAUGUUUGAAGAAAUGCUUCAACCAAGAGAUUCUUGUUGACGGCCUGUUUGGACAAGGGUGGCCAAGAUGGAUGGAUUCCGAUUGGGUAGUCCUGUUCCUUCCGUUUUGGGCAGCAGAUGAAACAGAGUUUAAACCAACAUCGGGUCCUUAUAUCACACCUCUUUGAGACCAUGGGGUGUGAGUAUGUAUGUGAGUGAAUUGUCUACUUGGCUCAUCGUACCAAACUGAAUCAGAUCCCACUGAGUCUUUUUGAAGAGUUGCAUAACCCGUCCAAGUCUUAAAACCAUGGGCUGACCAGAGUCUUCAACUAUCCCUUUUUUUUCUUUUUCUUAAAAAAAAAAAAGUCUUAAGUACUUGUAUCACACGCACUCACGUCUUUGCACAGUAUUGGAGUGGCAUAAGAAUCUUGUGUUGCAAUUGUUUCUAUCUGUAGCUGUAAUUCUUCAUUGGGUAGUUGAUGGUUUCUGUCUAGGCUUUUGAUGCUUGUUUUGACCUUUCCUUGCCCAAAAUCAUGAUAGUUCAAUUAUCAGGUGGUCUAGGAUUUAUGGUACAAAUGGACAGUCAAGAUAACUUCAUCAUGCUUUUGUUAGCUGCCCAUUUGUUUCUGACAUUGUGGUCCACAUGAUAAGUAGCAAGCUUCUUUUUUGGGACAUGGCAUCUGCAUUGCAGGAGCCACUGGAUAGAUGGCUUGGAUCUUAUAUCCAUAUUUUAUUUUGGCAAAUGCAGUGUGCAGAUGGGCUACGUACCUUAAUCCAAUCACCUUAUGGAAAAAAGAAAGACCUCAUUGGAGCAUGAAUUGAAUUUAAGAGAGGGUAAUGACUGGGGAGUUCUCCACGAGGAAGAAGUUACAGAAGCAACUAUAGUAGCCAGCACUCUCACCAUGGGAUGGAAAAACAAAGACACAAGGCCUUUAAAACAACGAAUACUGAUGGUGAUUAACAGGCUUCCAUUCUUUGUUGUUAGGAAUGGUUACGAUUCUUGGUCACUAGAGACCAGUUCUGGGGGUCUAGUAAAUGCUCUUCUUGGGAAGAGAGAAAAGAGCAUGCUAUCUGAUCUUGAAAAGCGUGUGCAGAUAAGAUAGCUGCUGCAGAGGAGUCGCUGAAAAAGAAGCAGGUCAUUAGCUACCCUUAUUUAAUAGUUAUUUUGAUUUCAUGAGAUGAAAUACCAAGUCCGUAGCCCAUCAAAUGGUUGUGGGAUUGUGAAGCGAAAAGGCUGAUAUAUCCCUAUCUUUUGACAAAUAGUAAAAAUACAUGCUUUGAAUAUCUGUGAAAUCAAACACUUUAGCAACAUAUCUUUUAAUUAUCGAAAGAUAAUUUGCUUAAAUAUCUCUACUUUCUGGAGAAGGGUUAGCAUCUUAUAAUUGAUGAUAGUUUGUCAGUUUGUAGUGUCCUUGAGAAUUGACAUGUAUGCCCAUCUCCCUCCCUCUCUCAAAUUGCAGCUUAUCCAUUUCUCAGUUA